AUGUCUUUACUGUUACAAUAUAAUGACUUGAAUAACGUGAAGCCGAUAAUUUUAGACCAUAUCUAUCAUCGUUUCAAUCCAGGCUACACUCGAUCUAAAGAAUAUAUUGUCACAGAAUGGCCAAUGAAUAAGACUAUAUCUGACAUUUGGUCCCUUAUAUACGAUCACAAUUGCAAUUCUGUGGUCAUUCUCGGAGGAAUUCCCGAUAAUAAUAAAAAUUAUCCCCAAUUCUGGCCCAAAGAGAGCGUCAAAUGCAAGAAAUACGGACCAAUAUUUUCAGUGGAGACGAUGUCCACGAAUAGUCCUCCGAGUAUCAACUCGUGGGUCUUCAAAAUCAAUAAAAAGGUGGCCUCUUUGACAGAACUCAUGGCCGGUAUUAAAGCUGAGCCCAAAGUGACCCAGAUAUUUGAGUUCAAGUCGUGGCCGUACGGACACAAAGUGCCCGCCUCUACCAAUGCCUUAGUCGAGUUGAUUCAUAUGGUUGAGCGCUGGAGACAACGCACCGCUUAUGGACCCGUACUCGUCAUAUCCGCAAAUGGCAAAUCUCGGGUUGGAGUGUAUUGUGCGGCUAAUCUGGCCAUUGAACAGGUGGUCGCUCACGAAGAAGUGGACAUUUUUAAUGCUGUGAAGACUGUGAGGCGACACAGACCGGCACUCAUUGAAAAUAUUACUGAAUACAAGUAUUGCUAUGACCUAACCCUACAUUACCUAAUGAACUCUGGGGCAAACUUUUAA